AUUUUGUCUUCGUCAGGAAAACAAACAGAUUACGCCAAUCACUCGCUACGAAACCCCACGGUUAGGCAUAUAACCCACAUUGAAAUUUUCGAAUAUUCGUUUGAUUCCCACCUGACCAGUUCAUCUCGAGAAAGCGGAAGAUGACUUCACGCGAUUAGCAAACCACCAUGGAAGUAGCAUUUGGGUCUGAACAGCGUCAGUCUGAGCCUAUGGGUGACUGCAGCGUGAGGGUAUAACAAAUCCCCUGUUCUUUGAAACCCUAACAUUAGGAACUUCUAUCUUGUGAUAAUGUCCUUUGUUCAUCAUCAUGAGUACCAACCCAUUUUCCUUGGACGAAGUUCUCGCAGUUGCGAAGAUCCAUCCGCUUUACAACCCUAAUCUACUUUACCCACCCAGCCCUGAGGAAAUCCAAGCUACUGUGCAGGCACAAUCUAGUACGGACUCUGGUAUCAGCACCCUCGAGUCAUGGCCCCUAACUACCAAAAAGGACCUCUACAAAGUUAUCGAGCGAUUAACCAAGGACACGAACACCCAAAAUGAAUACCGGCGUAGCUCCUACGUCAGCGUUACCGGCGGCGGUUCCGGAGAUAUGCACUUGAUGUUUUUCACAGAUGUGAAAGAAAACCGUCAACAUCGCGCAGCGUUUGGCGAGUUUCUGCGCACCUGUGGAGUUGUCGAGCCGCAUGAUUGGAUACUGACGACGCAUACCUCGGGGUAUUUGUAUAGAUCACUUGACCUUCUGACCGAGAUCCUAGAAAACGCAGGAGGAACCAUACUGAGUGCUGGCAACUUGAUGAAACCGAGCGAAGUUGUACGCGCACUGGCGCGAUACAACGUCAAUGUGUUGACUGGCGAUAGCAGCCAAGUGAUCCAAGUCAUUCAUCAUAUCUCGACUCUUUCAGCAGACGAGCGAAAUGUGAUCAAGUUGACCAAAGUGAUCUACACAUCCGAGCCACUUACCGACACUCAGAAAAGAUAUAUUUAUGCCAUACUGGGUCCGGCAGUGAAGACAUACUCCAUCCUGGGAAGCGCAGAGGCAGGACCUUACGCAAUCCAUAACCCUGAUCUUACUGGAGAAGCAUCGUCAUAUCAAGAUAUGUCUAUAGACUUUGUGUUUGAUACCCGCAGCAUCCUUGUUGAGAUCUUCCCUCGUUCCAUCAUGGAAAGUGACACGCCCUCCUCUGAUUUGAAGCUUCUUCCAGAGGGCGAAGAGGGUGUCAUUGUGCAAACGUCUUUACAGCGUCGACGAAACCCGCUGGUGCGCUAUAUCACUGGAGACCUUGGAUCCGUCCAUCCAGUGCCGAAAAUUGCAAGAUCCAUUGUCCCGGAAUCUGAGAUGGAAUACUACCGCGUCCUCCGACUCCGGGGUCGUGACCGUCGGUUUAGCUUUAAGUGGUAUGGUGAGUAUUUUGAAUUUUCGAAUAUUGAGAUGUUCAUGCAGAAGGAGACGUUUGGCAUUUUACAAUGGCAGGUUAUCGUAGGGACGCUUGAUUCUUCUCCCCAAACAACACUUGAGAUUAGGAUGCUUCGUGCCGCGGCAAGUGACGAUAUGAUCUCUCUUGAGCAGUAUGUUUAUGAAGUGGAGAGGUUUUUCUUUGUUUUACCGGAUAAUAGGCACUUGUUUAAAUUGACCUUUGUUGAAGAUAUACGUGGGUUCGAGAAGAGCGGUACAGGGAAUAAAGUUAUGAAGUUUGUGGAUAGAAGACGCUAGUAGUAUGAUCUAGUAGUUGAAGACAUAUUUCCAUGAUACCCGAUAAACCACCCUAAUAACUCCUCGGCAACUGCAACACCUUCUCACUAACAUAAUUC